GCCUUUAAAUGGUCUCUCAGUCUGGUUCAGUAGGAAUCACAAUCCGUGCUGCCAAUCAGUGCCACCUAUCAGUGCCAGUCAGUGCCGCCUAUCAGUGCACAUCAGUGCCAGUCAGUGCCGCCUAACAGUGCCAGUCAGUGCCGCCUAACAGUGCCAUAUAUCAGUGUCAUGUAUCAGUGCUGCCUUUCAGUGCCCAUCAGUGAUGCCUGUCAAUGCCCAUCAGUGCAACCUAUCAGUGUCCAUCAGUGCAGCCUAUCAGUGCCCAUCACUGCAGCCUCAUUAGUGCACAUCAGUGAAGGAGAAAAAUCACUUAUUUACAAAACUGUAUAACAAAAACUAGAGAAAAAACAUUUUUUUUUUCAAAAUUUUCAGUGGUUUUUGGUUUGUUUA